UUCAAAGAUAUUGAGAUACCCCUUGAAGACUGUAACCACAAUAUUUAAAAAUUCUGCAUACGUAUUUACCACUCAUACUUUUACGACUGCCAUUUUUCUGGCCAACAUGUCGAUUCGCAGGAACGACUCCGUGAACGACGGUGACGUCGCGCGUUCUCUGAUCGAGUGCCUGCGAGUGGCCUCGCCAUUCACUCUCCUUCACGACCUCGAAGCAUUCGACGGCGUUAACGGCAAGCAAUUCGGCCCCGUGUACGAGCCCUGGGGCAAGGGCUCCGUGCUCGUGGCCGGCGUGCCAACGGCCACCAAAGAAGGCACGGAGAAGGCAGACCCUUCGCGAGAGCUGCUGCCUGCCCUGAACGGGACCCAGCUUCUGAUCGGACACACGGCGAACGAAGGCGAAUUCUACCUGGCCCAGUUCUUCAAGGACUGGUCCCUGGCUCAAGUCGGUCACUGGCCCAGGGGCUUCGUUCGCAUUUUUCUGGAGCGCCUGGUGCUACACUUCUUCGCCAGACCGAGGCUGGGCCCCGUCUGGAGGCUUUACUUCAGCGGCAGCGGCUACUCCAGUGCCGAUCGCUACGCCCAGGCGGCCGAGUUUCUUGCCGACGUCAAAGUGGCGUGCCCUUCCGGGGUCAUGGCGGACCUGGUGGCGAGGCGCGGGGGUGCCGUGUACCGGUACGUCCUCGAAGCCACCGCGAACGACGUGCUGCCGCCCGGUGAGGCCAAUGACACGGCACGCGUCGAAGGCGAGCAGCAGAACACCACCGGCGAGUUCUACCGCAACCCGACGCACUACUUCGACGCCUUAGUGACGCUAGGUGGCGCGUUCGCCGCCGGCCGGAAGAUGCCCGAAAAAGUCCUGGCCCAAAGCAGGCGCCUGAUGCGGAGGUGGGCGACGUUCGCGAAAACAGGGACUCCGACUAGCCAGGAGGACGAGCCGUGGCCCAAGUACGACACGCAUAGCAAAUCCCUGCUCCGCUUCACCAUGGACGACGUCUCCACCGUGAGGGUUGAGGAGGAUGGGCACUGCAAUUUUAUGAUGGCACAUAGUCGCUGGCGUGAACUCGCCAUGGCGGCUUGAACGUUUUCAAAGCGACAGACAGCGGCGCUAAUUUUUCUACAGCUUUGACGUUGCAGACAAGUAACGAGUGACGUCAUGUGGAAAAACAUUCCGACUUUUCUGAAUCGUUUGCGGGUGUACUACGAUUGCUUUUCCUUUGCUUUACUUGACUUCACAAUGAUGAUCUACCCGAUCUGCGAGGUUUCUCGCUGCAUUGCUAACUAAUUAGCCCUGGCUCGUAGUAGAAAUGCCCCAUUGAUUUAUUCUGAUCAUGCACGGUACUGAUUUGUAGUAACUAUCUAAAAUAUAUACCCCUACAAUUACUUUUGAUGUUGUGUCGGCUCUAGAGCCUAAAAUUUGCGAAACGAUUUGAGAAACGUUAUAAGGAAUCGCUCAUUUGACAAGCGCGUUAGAUUGCACAGUAUCCGAGAAAUAUCUACGGAGCGUUUUUAGUACUCGUUUGUACGAAAAUACAAACGUUAUUACCCUGAAUGUGGGGCACCGUAAAUGCUGCGGUCUCAUUUAAGCCAAUUUUCUCCAUUCCCAGAACUCUUGCAAGAAGUUGCAGCGUUAAAUUUAAUUGGCACGUUCUCGUGUGGAGGGAUGUGGAUAUGUAUGAUUGAAUGAAAUAGACUUCCCAUAACAGACCUCUGGUACAUUUGUUAUCCCGGUUGUAGUCACCUCAAAGGGCCAGAGAAACAAUUUUAUAUAAAUUCUAAAGACAGAGGAUGCCGCUGCCUGGCGUAGGCUCCAGACAGGCACUUACACGAACCUACACAUAUUACAUCGCAUACACCCCACAGCCUACAGGGACGAAUGCCCGUUGUGUGGGGCCACACCCAUCCUAUACCACAUUACGUGGGAGUGCACGCUGCACAACAUAGAACACCACGAUACG